AAAAUUUUGUCAAUCUUAUGAGUUUUAUUGUGUUUACAUUAUUAUGCUUAUUCUUGUGAUACGAUGCAUUAAAAAGUAGUAGUUAUUUGAUAUAAGUGGAAGAAGAGCCCUAAUACAAAAAGAAACUAUGGAUAAUAACGGCCAAUGGAUGACAUCACUGCCAAAUGAGCUGCGUAAUUUGCCAAUCAUUAAUCUUGCAAUACCCGGUUCUCAUGAUACAAUGUCAUAUGGCAUAAAAUCUGGAGCAAAGCCAGCUCCAGAUGCCGAACGGUCCACGAGGUGUCUGAAUAUCUUUUUCCCUUGCUGUGUCAGACGUUGGGCGAAGACACAGUCUUCCAGUAUUGUGGAACAAUUGUUGUUAGGUGUGCGUUAUUUUGAUUUGCGAGUAUGCCAAAAAAACGAUAAAUUCUAUUUUGCACAUGGGCUCUUUGCUAUGGAAAUUUUUGAACCACUGGAAGAACUCAAACACUUUUUACUUUCAAAUAAGGGAGAAGUUUGCAUAUUGGACUUCCAGCAUUUUUACGAUAUAAAUAUAUCACAACAUUCGCAACUACAGAACCUUUUACUGCAAUUAUUUGACCCCCUGCUGUACACCAGAACUGAUGGAGCCAUAACUGACUUUACUUUGAAUAGGUGCAGUGCAUUGGAUAAACAAAUAUUUUUGAUUUAUCGUCGUUGUCCGUUGCCAUUGCCAAAAGAAUUUUGGCCUAGUAAUGCUUGGCCGACUCCAUGGCCAAAUGUAACUUCCAUUAAAAAGCUAGAAACAUAUCUUCAAAAAUCUCUACAAUCCAGAAAACCUUCCCAGGGAUUUGUCUCACAAUGUGUAUUAACACCUUCCGGAAAGUACAUAACGCUGAGAUUUUUUUCCUCUUUACGCAAAACUGCGAAAAAAGUCAACGAAAGGUUGAAGCCGUGGAUUGAAGAACAAACUCCUGGACCAUUUGUGGAUCAUGAACAGCCUACAACAAAUGUGUUUAUUACAGAUUUUACUAGUUUAGAUAAUGGACUAUUCUGUAAAAUGGUUAUCGGACUUAAUUAUAAAAUUGAAAAUCAGUCAAAAAUCGGUGAUAGUUAAAGCUAGAGUUGUAUCCUGAUGUACAAUCAUAAAUAGCCGAAUAGAUGUAAUGUUUAGUAUUUAGGAAUGUUAUUUUGUACGCACAAACUUAAAGUGCACCCGUAAUAUUUUUGUAAAUGUAUGGAUUAUAAACAUAUAAGUAAUACUGGAAAAAGCUUUAUUUUAACAACAUAAACUAAGAUACAAAUUGCAAACUUUUACUAUAUAUUAGAAUAAAUUUAUAGUUGAAUUUUUUACAACUUGAAAAAAAAAUU